AUGCUGCUCAUCGUAGAAGCCAAUCCACUCUCUCAUGUGAUUGUGAUUCCUCCCGAAACCAUUGGCAAGGAGGCACGUCGUGUUACACUGGACGUCGUCAGCCAGCUUUCAUUCAAGCAUGCAGACGUUUCGGUCGCGAUAUCUCCCGAGUAUCUGGACCCGGACCGCGCCACUCUUGAUGCUGCUUGCAGGGCCGCGACGAAUUGGACUGUCAUCUUAGACGAACGAGGGCUCGAACGUUUGCCGCCCGCUCUCAGGGCCACACUUUUGUCCCCGCACCGCUCCAAGACUUUCGGUCACGAAGUCGUUUCGUUGGAUAUGGACUGCGAUCAGCCUCCACUUUGCCUUCUUGCACAUCAUUCGGUCCCCGCCAGAUAUCCUUUGCCUCCUUUUGCGCUUUCGAGCCAUCACUCAGGCUUGCUCGCGAGUGUUUUGAUGACUGGUCACCACCACAACGUAUGGCAAGCAGUAGGGGCUCUCAUUAUCCAGCAAGACCAGUUAUAUCGUGAUGGUUUCCUGGUCUGGAACGAAUCCCGGGCGCUAACAUAUCUCUACGAUGGUGCUGCGAAAGCCCAUCAGGCACCACCCGAGGCCGAAUCUACCCGACGCGAUGAUGCUGCUACUUUCUUGCUCGUGGUUACCUCCGUCGAUGAUCUUCGUGCAUUCUCACCUGCGGCAUGUGGUCUACAGCGUGCUGGUCACUCUCUUCACGUCCUAGUCUAUGGUGGCCACGAGAACUCCCAUCACCACGGACUGGAUGGCCUGCGGGGACGAGUCUUGCCUAUAUCGCUCAACUGCUCUAUCGUCUACCACGAGGGUUAUCUCUCCCAAGGAGAACGACUCGCCUGGACCCUGGGGGAAGUUGUGGACGUUGUCAUACACGAUGCUGGCCUUGACACCUACUCCGCUUCAUUCGAGCAGUUCAUUCGAAGGGUCGUUAAUGACAACACGACGCACGUGCACAUACCCCAGGCCGACCUGCCAUUUACUGACUGGAUGGGAUCGCUCCGGAAACAGGAAUGGAGAAAUUGGCACGCAGCUCGAAUCGACCUCAGCGUCGUCACCUACAACCGGCCGCGCUCGUUGCACCGCCUUUUGAUAUCCUUGCAGAACGCCCGUUAUUUCGGAGACUCGGUCAGCCUGCGCAUCAAUGUCGAAGAGGGCGCGGAUCUGGAAGUCCAUAACGUCAUCAAAGAGUUCGCUUGGACGUCUGGCCCACUGAUGAUAAAUCAUCGAGUGCAGCAUGGUGGAUUACUCGCGGCGGUCGUGGAGUCGUGGUAUCCUGACUCCGACCACUCUUAUGGUCUUUUACUCGAGGACGAUAUCGAACUUUCCCCGCUCUUCUAUGCUUGGGUAAAGAUGACCGUUCUGCGUUAUCGCUACGGAGGGCACCCUGCACCCGAAGAACUCUAUGGGAUCAGUCUCUACCAGCAGACGAACUUGGAACUCCCAUUGGAAGGACGCCGAAAGUUCAACGCACAGCACCUGUUCGAAUCAGAGGGACUGCCGCGCAAUGCCCCAUAUCUCUCGCAGAUCCCAUGCAGCUGGGGCGCGGUCUACUUUCCGGAGCACUGGCGCGAAUUUCAUGCUUACCUUUCUGCCCGCCUCUCCACUGGCCCCGAUUGGAUUACGGCCGACGCAGACAUCGUCCCUGACGUACGUUCCACUCGAUGGACGAGAUCAUGGAAAAAGUACUUCAUAGAGCUGGUUUACAUGCGCGGAUAUGUGAUGCUCUACCCGAACUACAAUGACUUCGUCUCCCUCUCGACUAACCAUCUGGAACCCGGCUCGCACGUUAAAGUUGGAAUGACUGCCGAAUAUCUGAAGAAGAAGGCGCUUUUCGAAGUCCCUCUCAUGGCUCCAGCAGUGCCAUCGCCCGAUGGUUUGCGACCCGUGGGCCUUUUGGAUAUGCCAGGAACGUCUUUGCCCGAUUUUGAUUCCCUGCCUGUCCUAGACCUUUUGGGACGCCUCACCUCCAUCCAAUCUGUCCACCUGGUUGGCGCGUCACGCAGAGAAGAAGUCUUCUGCGCGUCGCCGUACUCCGUCCCUCAUGCCCUUCAUAGCUUGUUCUGCGUUUAG